AUAUUCUGGAGAAAAAUGCGAUUUGAACUGGGCCGAGUUGAACCAUUAGGCCCAAAACGGAAAGCGUACGUAUACUUUCAGUCACAGCCAGCCAGUGCCUUGCAGUUCUCUCUGAUAAUUUGAUAAAGCAGAAAGUGAAUGCAGAGACAAAGAUGUCAUUUCAGAUAAUAUUGGGUUCGGCUUCAAUGGCACGACGGAAAAUACUAGCGGAGAUGGGAUAUGAAUUCACAAUCCUGACUGCAGACAUAGACGAAAAAAGUAUACGGAUGGAUAAGCCUGAGGAAUUGGUGAUGGUUCUAGCUGAGGCCAAAGCAGAUGCCAUAAUUUCAAGGCUUCAAAGUACAAGUCAGCCGGAUGAAGAUGCUCAUGCAACACUGUUGAUUACUGCGGACACAGUGGUGGUGUAUGAAGGGAUAAUAAGGGAAAAACCAUCCAGCAAGGAAGAAGCAUGGAAUUUUAUCAAAGGCUAUUCUGGCGGCCAAGCAGCAGUUAUAGGAUCUGUAUUUGUGACCAACCUUAAAACAGGAAAAAGAAAAGGAGGAUGUUGCAGAGCGGAGGUUUAUUUUCAUGUCAUACCAGAGGAGAUUAUUGAUAGCCUGAUAGAGGAGGGAAUUACACUCGAUGUCGCGGGGGGUUUGAUGCUGGAACAUCCGCUGAUAUCUCCUUUUGUAGAAGCAGUGGUAGGGACGACUGACACAGUGAUGGGGCUACCUAAAGAAUUCACAGAAAAACUCAUUCAUGAAGCACUCCAACUGCCGUAGUUACUAGCGACCAGGCUCUUGUUGCUAACAUGGCAGCUGCAGAUGAAUCUACAAUUUCCCGUCAGUUUCAGAAUUGUGGGAUUGAACCCCAUCAUUAAUGACUUCAACUAAGGUUGCGUAAUUGUUUUUACCACAUCAAUAUUAAACAUUUUGAUAUUGAUUAUGGCGAUGAUAGCACAUAUAUUAAAUAUCAUAGUUCUCUUAAUUUUGAAGAUACGAUAUUAAAUUAUGUUCCUUUGUAUUCUCAUGUAAUACCUUAAUCAUGUGAUAUGAAAUUCCUACCAUAUCCAGGU